AGCAUAUCGAAUCUUCUCAACUCCGUUGAGAAAACCGUGGGCUUGCGGCUCCCAGUCUCACCAUGUCGUGGGAAAAGGAAAAAGAGGCAACUCUCGGCAUCGACUUCGGAAGCACGAGUACCCGCGCCUACCUUUGGUGUUUAGCACUUAAAAAGGGGUUCAAUGUGGAGAAUAGAGACAAGAAAAACUUCACGAGCCGAUUCGACAAAGGUGACUUCUCAUCCACGGGAUAUCCUUUCGACGAAGACGGACCUAUAUACAUGGGGGAAAAAGUGAACCCGAGACGAGAGUCCAUUUCCCUGAAAUAUGCGUUCUACCCCCUUGUGGAUGGGUCCGACGAGUUCAUUGAGCAAUACCGACUCGCCGAGCCAUUGAUGCGUCGGAGAAACGACCAAAAGUUUCUGGACCGCUUGAAGCAAGGUCUGAUGGACCUGUUUUCCAGGUUGUUCCGGCGGGUCAAUGAAGUAUGCGGCGUCAUGCGCCUCCGAGUCAUGAGUAUCGGACUCUCCAUCCCAUCUCAAUGGGAGCUCGACUUCGAGGACCUGUACAGGGGCAUUGUUGCUGAAGCCUUCCAUCAUCCGUCGGAAGAUAUCUUCUUCAUCACGGAGACGGAAGCACUUGCCCACUUUUUGUGCACCGACAUCGACCACCGCAAUCACUUGGUGGAAAAUCGGGAUCACAUUCACCACGAUGUUGUGUUGGUUUUGGACUUUGGGGGCCACAACAUGAACACGUGUGUCUUCAACAUUGUUUAUGGUAGAGGUAAUACUCAAAGCUUUUAUCUCAUAGGUAAACCCGAUGGAAGGGGUGGUGGCAGUGAGCAAUGGGAAUACCUCAUCGGCGAAACCUGCCUGGAACUGAUCCAACAAGCCCCUGGCGAAACCCUAUCAGCCAAGGCCAAGCAAUCCAUCCUCGACGAUUUCAACCGGCAGAAGAGUGGACUCGGUCCUGGCCAACCGGAUAACUUUGACCUCGAAGUGAUAGGACAGACCGGCACUCCCUGGCAGGUGUUUCUGAGUCCCGAAAAAAUCACAUCAUGUUUCAAUGAAGCACUGAAAGAGCCACUGGCGCUUGCCACUGAGAAGAUACAGCAACUUGCGAAGAUGUACAGAUCCCAGAACGACAGACACGAAGCAGACGGAGAAAUUAAUAAAGGCAGGCACCGGCGGCAAAGAGCCCAGCCAAGGGUGAUCGUGGCGGGAGGCACAUCGAAACAUGAAGGUCUUCAAAGUCAGCUGAGAGAUCUGUGUCAAUCAAGUGGGCUUCCGGACCCAGUCUUUACUGAUGACAUCAUGGUGCAGUAUGACUCAGUGAAGAUUGCCAUGGGUGCCGCAUAUGCCAUUGCCCGCCCCCUGACGGUAGAUCAGUUCAUGCGGCGGGGUGCUGCAUUUGGUCUCCAGAUGCGGCAGCACGCAACGCGUGGUAACAGCAACGCGGAAAACGAAUGGGACGACAGAGCAAUGUUUCUUAUGAGCAAGCGGAGGCAGAUCAAAGAUCUUAAAAUAAACGUCACAGGUCGUGACGAGCUCAAAAUCGUCUGCGAUCCCUUCUUUGACGACGGAAACAAUGCUGACAACAUGCACUGCAACAAGUGCUACGACAUACUCUACCUCGGCCAACCGACGAAAGGGUGGUGGUACUUUACGCUGACUCUAGUGGGAUGUGGAGACAAUACGUCCCUGACUAUCGAGCGACGGAGCAAGCGCCACAAGACCAAAAGGAAGAUAGUCGCCUAUGACUCGCGGACCAUACCCCUGUACUACAAUAGAGGAAGCAAUAGUAUACACCUCGGUGAGGAUGGUCGCGAUGCUUCAGAGUUUCUCGCCGGGUUCGACCAAUAUGCGCGGGCGGAUGCAGGAAAGAGGAAGAAUGGCAUCCAAGUCGAGGACGUACAACAGCCUCCUGAUGUUGAUGAAACCUCCGUGAACGCUCCUGAAAACUUCAUUGUUCUUGAUGACGACUCGCAGGGUUCUACUCACGAUGGAGACUCAUGGGAAGGCGAGGAUUGGAACUUUGAUGACCCGGCGAUGUUGAAAUCGUUGAAUCCGGAUGGGGAAGUGGAACUCCAGUCGGCGAAUAGGCAUGCGCUGAAUGCGGCGCAGGUGGACUCAAAUCAAACGAAACAACUGACUGUGCAUUUCAUACACUUAUGUGAACUACAUUCCAAUACUUUAUUACGAACGUACAUGUGAGAUCAACAUUCCAC